AGGAAACUUCUUUGUAGGAUGUUCGGGGAUCUGGAGCGGAACCCCCGGACUCUGCUGGUCUGUGAUCGGUCCAGUUUCCUGGAUGACAAGAACAGGCUGAGCUCUCAGGUGGAGCAGCUGCACUUCAACUACAAGGUGUCCAUGCUGCUGCCUGAGUGUAGCUCCACCCCCUCCCACCUGGAAGCUGUACUUAACAGCAUUAACAGUUUCUACCUGAUCAGGGAUCUGCCCAUUCACGAGCUGCUGGACCAACACUUCCUGGAGACCGCCGUGCACCAGGGACGUGUCUCCGGUUUGUCCUACCGGACGAGGAUCGAUGAAGACAACUGUGUCGCUCUGCUGCCAAGCGGUCGCCUGUCUCUCUCUCUGGAUAAAGACUCCUUUGAGUUGUUGGGAGUUGAAGGGAAACCGUCCAGAUUUAACCACCGAACAAACAGCAGAUUUGUAGUGUCAGUAGAUUUGACUGACAGCAGCAUGGCUCCUGGUGGGCGGGGCUACCAGAGAGUCGUCACAGGUCUGAGGUCACGACUUAAACUGAAGACGGACUUCCUGCUGUCACAUGACCCAGCAGGCGGAGCCUCACUGCAGGCCCUCCUCUCUCGUUAUGAUUGGUCAGAGCACAGACCUGAGAUCCGAAGCCACACCCUCACAGACCUGACCUGUCCCCUGCUAACCUCUGACCUACAGUCAUGUGACCCACACUGUCUCUUGGAGUGGCUCGGUGCUGUGGAUGGCCACAUCAGCUGUGAGAACUUGUCCAGCAGCUUCCUGUCCUCACUUGUCUGUCCCGAGCCGAAGACGACGACGAGUCGAGCUCGGAGCGUCUCCGUUCAGGGACUGCUGCGUCCUCAAGACGUCCACCGACUCAUCCAGCAGAUCAGGUGGCACCUGGAGCAGCCUGAGGCGGCGUCAUGGGCCUCCGUCACGGUUCAUGGAUUUGUUGACAGUCCGGUUUCGUGGCGUGGAGAAGAACACGGUGUCCUCAGAGGUGGCGAGAACUUCUACAGCCUGCUGAUGUUCCAAGACCAGACCUACCACCUCCACCUGGGGACAGGAGCCCAUGACACCUGUCCUCCCUGAUGAGGUCACCAGCAGGUUUUGUUGUAGAAACCAGUUUGAAUUUGUAUUUUGAUUUGAAUCCUUUUAGUUGAAAAAGUAUAAAGUUGUGUCUCAACCUAUAAACCCACAAGGACUGAUUAUUUGAAGGUGUUUUUCUCUCAUUUGUCCUAAAAAUAAAGGUAUUCCUCAGCAUAGUUCUAAUUGGUU